UUAUGUUAGGAUUCUUGUGCGUCGAGAGCAUUCCUCGCUCGUUUCUCUUUCCUCCGUUCCAUUCAAGAAGGGGAAAGGGGAACACCGCAAUCUUCGUCUCCUACCAACGCUUCGGUGUUGCUUCGCCGCCUGUUGGCCGCCGAUCAACCGAAUCUGACCUAUAGUUUGUAUCCAAGGAUCAUGACUAAAGAAGAAACUUCUGCUGAAAGAGAUGACAUGCAAAUUGAUGGACGUGAGUUCGAGCACCUGCAAGUUAGCACAAUUCCCGGAGGAUUUAGUGCUGACUAUCUCAAACUAUAUUAUGGAAAGCUCUUUCCACAUGCUGAUAUUUAUAGAUGGCUCUCCUAUGGAAAUGAUGGAAAGCAUCCUGCGUGUGACCAUUCCUACUUUGGUCGAAGAGAAUUUUCAUUCACUUUAGAAAAUGAUAUAUAUGUACGCUUCCAGUCAUUUAAUAAUGCAGUUGACAUGGAGAAUUCUAUCCGGGAGAAGUGUCCUUAUAAGAUUGAUAUUGGACCUGUUUACAGUGUGGAUCCUGCAAAAAGGCAUGCAUAUGCACAAUCUGGAAAUAAUGUGUUUGCACCAGUGGAAAGGGAGCUUAUAUUUGACAUUGACAUGUCAGACUAUGAUGAUGUUCGGUAUUGUUGCUCUGGGGCUGAUGUUUGCUUGAAUUGCUGGCCUUUAAUGACUAUUUCUAUGAAGGUUUUAGACACUGCACUUAGAGAUGAUUUUGGUUUCAACCACAUCUUAUGGGUAUAUAGUGGCCGUCGCGGUGUCCAUUGUUGGGUUUGUGAUGGCAGAGCAAGAAGGCUUAGCAACGAACAACGGGCAGCAAUUGCAGAUUACUUCCGUGUCUAUAAGGGUGGCGAAAAUAAUGUGAAGAAAGUAAAUUUGACGGGACCAGUUCUUCAUCCCUUUCUUGCACGAUCUUAUACGGAUGUUUUAAAGGGCUUUUUUGAAGGAAAGUUGCUUGCUAGCCAAAACUUAUUUGCAUCUAUAGAGAGAUUUCAGAAGAUCCUUGAAAUCAUACCUGACGAAUCUAUUGCUUCUGAGCUUCUUGACAAGUGGCAAGGAAAUAGAAGAUCCUCAAUUUCAAAGGAAGACGUCAAUGUUGUUCGAUGGGAACAGUUAAAGCACGUGUUACAAUCAGGAAAGCAGAAGGCACAGGGGCUUCGGAGGUGUGUGGAAGAAAUUAUUUUUACUUAUACAUAUCCUAGACUUGACAUGGAGGUAUCAAAACACAUGAACCAUUUACUAAAGGCGCCCUUCUGUGUACACCCCAAAACAGGGCGUGUAUGUGUGCCUAUUGAUCCCAACAAUUGUGAUAAUUUUGAUCCUACAACGGUACCUACUCUUUCUCAGCUUUUAGAAGAGCUUAACAUGAGCGGUAUGAGAUCGGAGUCCGAAGAUGAAUGGGAAAGAACUUCACUUGGCAAGUCCAUCAAAUUUUUCAGAUCAUCAUUUCUGGCCCUGCUGUUGAAAUCUUGUAAGGAGGAGAUGGAAAGUUUGUACAAUUCCAAAGUCAAGCAAUCUAAGAACGCACUGAAUUGGUAGAAUGUACGAGAGGUUUCUUGGGAAAACCUGACAGGUUUCCAACUGACCUCAUUCUAUGCUUCGAGCAUUGUCUGCUUACUAAACUUGUGUACCAAUAGUCCUGUCUAUUGGAUCUUGCAUGUUCCAAGAAUCCUUGUCAACCAACUGAUAAUAUUUUUUGAUCAAUAUGUUCAAGGCUAUUUCUCUGUUUAGAUGAAAUGCAAAAUGCUUUUACAAGAUUAAUUA